AUGCUUUGCUAUGGACAAACGAGUACUGGCAAAACAUUCACAAUGGAAGGGCCCGAACAUACAGAUCGCGAUCGUGUUUUGGCUUGGGAUGAGGAUUCCUCCGUCGGCGUAAUACCCCGUGCUCUGCAGCAUAUCUUCACCGAAUUGGAAGCUCAGAACGCGGAGGAAUUCUCAGUUCGUGUAUCAUAUGUUGAACUGUACAAUGAGGAACUGUACGAU